CCUUCCCGUCCAGCCACUCCAGCGCGCCGCCUCCCUCCCCAAUCCACCGCCGCCUCCCGCCUCCCUCAUCAUUCCAGCGCCGCCCCGUCGACGUCCCGCCGCCCCCUCGCCGUCCAGUCACUCCAGACCCUCUGGACGUCCAGCAGACCCCCUCGCCGUCCAGCCACUCCAGCGCCGCCUCUCUCCCCAUCGACCGGCGCCCCCCUCGUCUUCCAGAUCCGCCCCACCGCCUCGUCCUCCUGUUUCCCUCCCAGUCCAGCGCCUCCCAACCAACGUGCAUUGCUCAAGGAAUACACAGAAAAAAGGUCCACUGCGCCCGGAAGUCUUGUACACACAGCCGGCCAUGUGCACGCCAAAACCAGCUGCCGGCCGCAUCCGGCUGAACGUCGGCGGGCAGGUGUUCGAGACGACGGCCGACACUCUCAGAGGCGCAGGCGAGGGAACCAUGCUCGCUGCCAUGUUGGAACCAUGCUGGAACGCCGGCUCCACCGGGGGCGUGCCCGAGUACUUCAUCGACCGCGACCCGGCCUGCUUCGCCUCGCUCCUCGACAUGCUCCGCACGGGUGAGCUCCACGUCCCCGCCGGCGUCCCGGACCGGGUACUCUUCCGCGAAGCGAACUACUACGGCCUCCUCGACCGCGUCCGUGCCUCUCGCAUCGGCGAGCUUGACCUCGACAGGGCCCGACUGGCUGCGUCCGUGCCACCGGGGCGGGCGCCUGUGGCCUGCCUGGCCGUCCGUGCUGCGCCUGACGGAGGCUGCUGCGUCACGCACGGCCCUAUCGUGCGGGUCUACAACUGGAUGCUUGAGGAGCGCCGGCCAGUCUGCCUGACGCCUUUCAUGGCGGUCCACGACGCGACCUACCUCAGUGACUCCAUGCUCCUCGUGGGGGGCCGCGGCAUGGCGGCUUUCUCUGCCCUCACCGGCGACCUGACUCAACACUUCCACUUAGGACACGCCGGCGAGGAGAUGGCUCCGCCUUUUAAUGCUGGGGCACUGGCCUUAGACCAGCAAAUGAAUGUUUAUGCUAGCUGCAACACCUGGGGCAUAUGGCAAGGUAGCGGCUACAAUGGCAUUGGCGUGUGGGACUGCAUGACCGGCAAGCACACAGUCUCUUUCCUAAACCAGAAGUCUGGUAUUGCCCUGGGUCACGCCAGUAAGCUUCAGUGGCUGGCAAGCACGAACGCGCUCAUGGUGGUCAAGGCGGGCUCAAUGUUGCCUUGCAUCACUCUGGUUGAUUUCCGGGAUAUGAGCGUUGUCUGGUCAUGGUCCAUCAACACCCAGAGGAAUGGCAGCGGCCCUUUGUGCAAGGACAAGCUCGUUGCCGAUGCCGUCGUGAUGGAGGACGAGAGGUCGGUCUGCUUGAUCAACAAGAACCAUGAACUCGGGUUCCUCGACAUCCGUGGCUCGAGCUACGCUGAACCGUGGGCACAUCAGAGAAAGGUGAAGACAAGUUCGACUCCGACGUGCUGUCCAAAGCUCGCUGUGCACAGUGGACUGCUCUUGGCGUCCAAGGAUGACACCAUCUCAGUGUUUGGCGGCCCAAAUCAUGACCACCUGAGGUUUGCGCUGCGCGGGAGCAAAGGCGCUGGCGCCAUUAGCGACUUCUCGGUUGGGGGCGACCGUCUCUUCGCGGUGCAUCAGGAGGACAACGUGCUGGAUGUCUGGGAGACACUGCCAUCUCCCAUCGCUUAAUAUUCACUCUUAUCGUCAUUGAUUUACCUAGUCUUUUAGUGAGCAAGCAAGUAUCAUUAUGCGACGGAGGGAGUAGUAAAAAUAGCCUGAUCAUGUUUUAACUUACCCGCAACAACUCUGCUUGGACUUUCAACUCGGCCUUGUUAUAUUGCAAUUCCUGGGCUACAAUUAUAACAGUCCUGGUUGGCUGGAACUGUCCGUUGAUCAAAGUAUAUGAUCAAGUUGAGAUGAAUAGAGUGCCAGGA